GUCAGCUUUGCUUACCGUCUCUUUCCCGCGUCUUCGCUACCACUACUUGUACAACUACAUCUAUACGAGGUCGUGUUUCAACAUGCCAUUCAGACAGGCGCUUCAGGGCAUUAUGGACAAGGCAGACAAGGCUUGGGGGGAAUUUAGCCAUCCCGUCUCCAAGCCGGGUCUAUCGUACAACUACAACAGGCCACCCCCACCGCCACCACCUAUUCCAGCCUCCACUCGACCACCACCACCUUAUCAGGAGCAGGGCCCGCAACAACCCCAGAUCUACUGGCGACCCAAUCUGCACCCCCAAGUCCCCGUGUCCGCCAACUUCCACCACGAACAGGGCCAACACGGAUGGGGCAACAACGAGGCGCAGAACUACAUCGCCAGCCCGCAAAACUCCUUCCAUGCACACCAGGGCGACGAUGCGCUCGUCGUGCGCGCUCUAAUCAACCACGGACACCCCGACCCUUCUCAGAAAUUCACCAGCGCCCGGCUGUCGAGCCACCAGACCCUCGGUCGCCCGCGGGGCUGUCUGUCCGCCAGGAUCACGGCGCCCGUGGCACGCGGGAUCUGGCCUGCGUUUUGGCUGCUGCCUAGAGACCCCUUUCGGUGGCCCGAGGAUGGCGAAGUCGACAUUAUGGAGGCGUGGAAUGGCGAUGCGGUUAACCACACCUGUCUGCAUUGGGGCCACUUCAACGGGCAGGACUGGGAUAAGCAUAGGGUUCUCGAAACCCCGAUCCCCAAUAUCACCUCGCCGCCGGGGGUACGGUACGACUUUAUCUGGGAUGAGGACGAAACGACGGGGAGGGGCCGCUUGGUCUGGCUGAUUGAUGGCAGGCCCGUCAUGAGAGCGGCGAAGCCGCCUGGGACGAGGAAGAUGAGUGAGUUUCGGAUCCUCAUCAACAUUGCCGUUGGGGGGAAUGUCUGUCAGGGAAAUAUGCCCAGUGAUGGAUGCUACGAGAUGGUGGUUCGUGAAUUGGCCAUGUGGGAUGCUCCGCCUGGGGGGUGGAAUGAGUUUGAGAGGGCUUGGAGCUAUGCAAAGGAUGGAAAUACUAUGUAACGAUAUAAAGGAGCUUUGCAGGCCUUUUCUGCCAGCCAAUAGUAAGCCCUUGGUUGCAUUUAUACCUAGAGAAGGCUUUCCAUUUGAGCUUCCUGUUGAUAACCUCCAAGACGAGUUUGGAACCGCAUUGCACUUUCCCUGCGGCACCCAUGGCCCAAAUACUAGCGGCCCUUCUGAAAUUUCCCUGACUGGAGUAGAGCCCAUUUUACGUGGCCCCUCAUACCCUCGGGUAUGUGGGAACGAUGACUGGCCAAAGGAUACCCAAGCCGAGGCAGGCCACGAGAAAGCAAUCCCACACCUCUACACGCCCUUUGCUGACCCGCUCCCCUCAGACAUACACAAAGACCUCCUCCUCCUCCUCCUCCUCUACGCCGCCUACAUCGGCAACAAGGGUCUGUAAGGCAGGUAAGGUCAGGAAGGGAGAAACUUGUAUAGCCUUUGUUAGCUUUUUCAAAAUUAGAAUAGCCGAGGCACAUACCUCGAAGUGCGUCCUAUCACGAAAAUAGGCUCCGAUGAGUUCAGCUUGGGGAAGGAAACGUUC